AUGACGAUACCAGCUAGCCGUCUCCUGAUUGGCCUGAUGUGUCAUGUAACCUGCACGUGGGCCUUCGCUCGCCUGCCUGAGGAUGCAGAACAGCGGUCUGCCUUCUCAGUGGCACGCACCAGCAGCAUGGAGGGUGGACCAAAGAUGGUGGUGACCUUUGACAAGGAGUAUGUUAACAUCGGUGGGGACUUUGAUUCAAAGGCAGGCAUGUUCCGCUGCCGCAUCCCCGGAGCAUACUACUUCUCCUUCACAGUGGGGAAGUUCCCCCGUCGUGACCUGUCAGUCAUGCUAAUGAAGAACAGGAAUGAGGUGCAGGCCAUUGUGUAUGAUGAGAAUGCGGGAGAGGAGCGUAAGGUGCAGAGCCAAAGUGCCAUGCUACAGCUGGACUUUGGUGACACAGUCUGGCUCCGCCUUCACGGUGACCCCCGCUAUGCCAUCUACAGCAACACUGGUCACUACACCACCUUUAACGGCUACCUAAUCUACCCUGACACCUACACCUUCCAAGACCCCAAGAACGAGGACCCAACUCCCAUGCAUGGAAACGAAGCGACUGCCAAUGACCACACCCUAACAGACCAGGAUGGGCUGGGAGAAAGGGACAACGUAGAGAAGAGAGAGGAGGUAGAGGAUGAAGAGGAGGACCAGAGGUCAGCCUUCUCUGUUGGCCGCACUCAGAGCAUCGUAGGGGUGGACCAGGGCUUCCCAGAGCACCGUCCUAUCGCAUUUGACACAGACUUUGUCAACAUUGGCGCUGACUUUAACGUCACUGAAGGUGUAUUCACCUGCCGUAUUCCAGGAACCUACUUCUUCUCCUUCAAUGCUGGCAAGCUUCCCCACAAAACACUGUCAGUCAAGCUGAUGAAGAACCACCUGGAGGUGCAGGCCAUGAUCUAUGAUGACAGUGACACUGAGAAGGCUCUGCAGAGCCAGAGUCUGAUGCUGUCUCUGCGCCAUGGUGAUAUCGUCUGGCUUUAUAGCCACCAGCGCGAUGGCUUUGGAGCAUACAGCAACCAUGCCAAGUAUAUUACCUUCACUGGCUUCCUGGUCUAUCCAGAACUCCAAAAACCAGCCACCAAUCAGCAGCAACAGCAGACUCGGAAGCCAUAA